AUGCCUGCAUUGUGGAACAAGGCAAAAGACGUCGGUCCCACUGCGACUCGAACGCAGGUCUUCCAAACAAAUCACGCCACCGAAGCGGAAUGGGGGUACAAUCGGGAUCAAGACAAGAGCUGGUGCUCCGAUCACACCCCUUUGUUGUUGGAUGUGCUAGCCGCUGCACCAUGGAGCCACUGCAGCUGUCGAGCUGCCAUAUGGAGAGGAAGCACAGCCCAGAAAGCCCAUGACCAAGGAACAGAAAUGAUGCAGACCUGCCAACACAUAUCCAUCUACUCUAGCAUCACCAUUACAUCUUCUCGCACGCCAACGCUCCAGCACCACCAAUGUUCAAUGUCUGAGCCGACGCUGGACUUGAAAGAGAAUCUCGCAAUCGAUCACUGUUAUACACACGACGAAGCGUAUCCCAUCCUACCUCAACCCCUACCCCCACCCCUACCUAUAUCGACGCCCUAA